AUGCACCUCGAGGUCUCUCAGACCAGAAGAAACGAGUCACGUCUGGAGGAGACCAGGCACCCGGCUAAUGCCACACCUACUCGUGACUUCAUGGUGCUGGCUGAAGACCUGCAGCACUGUUCAGUCCAGAGCUGCGAGGACGCCGGGCGACGCUUCUGCUUCCAGGUGGUCACGCCCACAAGGAGCUGUACGUUCCAGGCCGACUGUGAGGCAGGUAGACGGGCAUGGAUCAGCGCCAUUCAGAACCUGACUGAGAGAGAAGAAACAGUCGAGAGCGAGGAGGAUUCAGACGGGUACGAUGAUGAUUCGAAAUCAGACUCCAGUGAGACGUUAUCGGAAGGGGAGUUUCAGUUGGAGGACUCAGACUCGAGCGAGCAGACAGACUGCCAGGGACCACGAGUGUCUUCUGAAGCUCCAGGUGGGAUCAGUUCUGGAGAAGUCGUCUGUGAUGCUCUCGAGAACAAGGAUGCUGAAGGAGAAACCAACAACAGAGAACGUCAAGAGGAGAAAACGACCAACACGAACCCGGACAGCUUUGAGAGCGGACACACUGUCGGAGAGCUGCUGGGAAAGGGAGGCUGCGGUUCCGUCUACGAAGGCGACCGUAAAGCGGAUGUGAACCAGCAGGUUGAGGUGCCAUGCACUGUACCCGAGACAGACGACACCACAGAGGGAACGUCACGUGUGGUUGAGGACGUCUCCGAUCUGCACAAGUGCUAUGAGGUUUACAAUACCAUUGGAUCAGGUGGUUAUGCGACGGUCAAGCUCGGCAGGCACAUUCAGACUCAAGAGCCAGUGGCCAUCAAGAUCCUGGAGAAGAAAGAGCUCGGGGAUGAGUUGUCCGAUUUGAGGAUAGAGAUUGAAGCCCUGAAGAACCUCAAUCAUCAGCACGUGUGCCGCUUGUACCAAGUCAUGGAGACUGUUGACCAGAUCUACAUGGUGCUUGAGUUUUGUCCGGGUGGAGAUCUGUUCGACCACAUCGAUAAUAACGACAGGUUGUCGGAGGAGGAGACGCGCAGGAUCUUCCGUCAGAUCGUCUCGGCGCUGGCCUACGUCCACAGCCAGGGAUACGCCCACCGUGACCUUAAGCCAGAAAACAUCAUGCUGGAUGAGAAGAACAACAUCAAGCUCAUCGACUUUGGUCUCUGUGCCAAACCAGAGGGUGGACUGGGUACUGCUCUGAUUGAGGGCUGUGGAACCCCUCCCUACUUGGCACCAGAAAUCAUUGAUGCGCAACCCUAUCUUGGUGCAGAGGCAGAUGUUUGGAGCUUGGGUGUUGUCCUAUAUGUCAUGCUGUGUGGCUACCUCCCAUUCGAUGGUGACAACUUUGUGGAGCUCCAUGAACAAAUCACUAAAGGACAUUAUGACACUCCUGAUUGGCUGUCUCCUGGUUCUGUACUGCUGAUUAAGGAAAUGCUGCAGGUGGUUCCAGAGCGGCGUAUAAAGGUGGAGCAUCUGCUGGAUCAUGAGUGGGUAAUGAAGGGGUACAGCAGCCCUGUGGAAUGGCACAGCACAUGCCCGCUGGAUCAUCUAGAUAAGGAGAGCAUCACCGAGACGGCUGUGAUGUUCAGACAGUCCAACCAAAGCACCAAGCAGCUGGUGUCUAAGUGGAAGUUUGAUCAGACCACAGCUACGUAUCUUUUGCUCUUGAGAAGGAAGCAGCGCAGUAGUCCAGUGUGUAGCUGAGCGGACGUGUAAGAAAUCCAGGAGACGUCGUCAGUGCGACAAGGAGGGACGAUGGUGGCACCAUCCAAUCAGGACACAUUACAUCUCAAUUUCACAUUUCAAUGAUUGUUGCAGAUGUUUCUCUCUAACCCAUCCUCUUUCUCUUUCUUUUUACCAGAACGAUGCAUUUUGGGUAUCUGUGUGUGACUGGUUAGAGGAACUUCACUGAAGUGCCGCCCUUGUUGAUCCACACAGCUGUAUGAGAAGUGUAGAACAUGGAUGAGCAGGAUCAACAAGCCUUAAAAUCUUAUAACAUUAAAUAAUAAAUAAAUAAACUCA